AAUGGAAAAACUUGAAACUUUAAUUAGAAUAUUGAAAAAUACAACAGAUCUUAGUGCAUAUUGUUCGAAAGGAAAGUUGAUUGCUUGGUGAGUGCUGAGUGUAGUACAUAAGAGUCUGUCUUUGACACAUUCAACCUUAGUCUGAGGCAAUGUAUUGUCAGUCCGACAAAAGAGAUACGAAUUAUGGGUCUACGAGCAUUACGUCUGUUAGUGGAAGGAUCAGAUGAUAUAAAACUUAUGAUGGAUUACCAGAUAGAUAUAUUUAGCAUGAGAGCGCUAGCUAGAGACCAAGAAGAGCAUGAACUAGAAAGAGAGCAAACAUUAAAACUUAUCAGAUCAUUCAUUGAAUACGAUGGUGUUAAGCAUGUCAAACAAGGGAUCGUACGAGCUGUAGUAGCAAUAGCAGAACAACAAGACUCUAAAUUAAGAAACAUUGCACUUGAGACACUAGCAGAGUUGGCCAUCCUAGAUAUUGAACUUACAGUAAAAGCUGGUGGAUUAAGGGUUAUAAUGCAAGCAUUGAUUGACGGACAGUCAAGUAUAUCUGAAAUAUUGAUACAGUCUGUUCUCUAUGUCCUUGAUACCCCAGAUAAGCGAUGCUAUUUAAGGCCAGGUGUUGAACUAGAGACAAUCAUUGCACCAUUUACUGAUCCAGGGAAAGGAGCAAAUUAUGAAGAAAGGUUGAAAAACAGUGCAAAAAUGGUCACGACCUUAGUUAAGAGCUGGGCUGGUUUAUUUUACAUGAGCGCGAAUAAUAUGAGAGCGGCAAGAUCCGUGGUGCAAGCAUUAAGAAUGCCUGUUCCCGAGACUCAGAAACUAGUAUUGGACAUGUUUUUUGAUAUUUUUAGAGUCAAAUUACCAAAUAACCACGAUGGAUUUCUUUCGGGAAGGCAGCAUACUAUUCAACUUAAUCCAACUACAAGCCAUGAAUCACCGAAGACACCACCACGAGGACCGACAUCAGUGUUGAACAGCAUGGUCAUGACCAAUCUAUUAACAGCUGGUGGCAUCAGUUCUGACGCCUAUGUUCGUUGCACUCAAAAUACUGGAGCAACCUCAGCAAGUAAUUCAGAAAGAUUAAAGAUGCUAGACCACCAUUUAAGCAUUAUCAUUAUUAUAUUUAUUGAAUCUGACAUAUUAAUGGCACUCGUGGAUAUGGUCAAAUCUGACGAUAUUUAUCUUUCGCGUAAAGCAACCUUAUUAAUUGGAGAAAUCCUUCAACUAUCAACUCGUCUUUUACCUAUUCUCAUGGCCAUUCAAGUACAAUCACUUCCCAAACUAUUCACACUUGCAUCCAAUUUUGAAGACGAACAAGUAAGACACAAUGCCACCACUGCACUUGCUCAUAUCGAUCGAUUGACUCGUGCACGUACGCGGUACACCAAUGCACCUGCAUUAAAUAAGGGAAGUGAACAGUUGAGCAAUUCUUCAGUACGUACACAAGAGAAGGUACAUGAAGUGAAGCUGAAGAUAGGAUUUGCCAUUGACGAUGCUCACUUUCGUCAACUGUUGAUGGAUACGCAAGUGCUCGCGACAAAUGACUAUACAAAAUGGAACUGGGAGAGUGUGACAGAACUGCUGCAGGGACCACUGUUAAACCCACGCCGUUUAGAUGAAGCAAUGCGCAGCAAGAAGUUUAUUAAACGACUACUAGGCUUUUAUCGACCUUUCAAGCAUCAAUUCUCUGAUAUUAACGCGACAAAAGGCACAAUUACUAAAUAUGUAAAGACUGGCUGUACUCUACUGUCAACUUUGCUAAGCAACCCAGAUGGAGUGCGAUAUUUGGGUGAAAGUAAAUUGCUGGGCGACAUUGCCGAAGCAUUUCAUGAACUGGAUCCCUUAAAGACGAACGGACAAUCAGAGGUUGAACCCAUAUUUUCAAAGGAAAGGAUGGAAAGUACGUUGACCUGUGGUUAUUUUGCUUUACUGGGAACAUUUUCCAAAUACAAGGAAGGUGUUCGUAUUUUGGAAAAGUUCAAAAUAUUCAAUUGCUUUUAUCAAAUAUCCGAGCUCAAAAAUAGAACUGAUCUAAAAGUGGCAAUGAUCACCAAUUUAGAUUAUAAUCUGGAUGGUCAUCCUCGCGUGUUAUUAUCAAAGAUUAUGACUUCUGGAUAUAAUCCGAUUCGACUGUUUGCUACACAACAUAUUGGCAUGAUUAUGCGGCAAUCCGAAGCAGAACACAAUGAUUGGGUCAUUCGGCUGUUAGUGACUCAAUUAUAUGAUACUCACAUGGACGUCUGUCAGACAGCUGUCAAUCUCCUGGACGAAGCUUGUGAAAACCAGGCUAAUUUGGAGCUUUUGGUCAAAUAUAGACCCAGCCUUGGUCAUCUAGGUGAGAUCGGCAACCCAUUGUUACUACGGUUCUUGUCAACUUCAACAGGUUUUCGAUACUUGAAUAAACUUGGCUACGUACAAAAGGAAAUGGAUGAAUGGUUAGCGAGAGGCAAUCAAAACUAUGUGACACAGUUAGAGCUUUCGCUGGCGAGAGCGCUAAUAAACUCUCCAGACAAGAAGGCUGUGAAUCCAUUUGAAGAAAGAGUGGACACUGAAAACGAUUUUGAAACAAUACAACCUGGUGAUGGCUUGACACCACCUCAUUUUUACGGCGAACUAACAAAAACAGAAGAAGGAUGUGAAUUACUGAGGCAAAAGGGACAUUUUAAACUAUUUGCGGAUUAUGUUCGAAAAUGUUCGUCAGAAAAAGUGAUUUCAAACGAAUCUUUGAGUCAAUUGAAGGCUGUCUUGUGGGCUCUAGGAAAUAUCGGCGCAACUAAAAAUGGGUUACCGUUUCUGGAAGAAGAAGAUAUCGUAAAGGAUAUUGUGAAUUUAGCAGAGAAUAGUGAGAUACUCUCACUGAAAGGAACAUGUUAUUUUGUUCUUGGUUUAAUUGCAAAGACACAACAAGGUGUAGAGUUACUAGGAGAAAUAGGAUGGGAAAGCGUAGUAUCUGCUAAUGGAGAUCCUGAAGGGCUUUGUGUACCACUGAAUCUACACAAAUUUUUAACUAUUCAAAAUUGGAAAUACAAGCCAGCACUGUCAUCUCCGCCUCAGUUGCCUCGAUCAGCAACCCUGGAUUCAAUAGGAGCAAAUAUUCUGAAGCAUAUUGGAGAUAUGAGCAAUCAUAUAUUAGCAAAUGAAGCAUUCAAAAACUUGGCCAAACUAAAACAAACACACCCAGAAUCAUUUAAACGGGUUGACUUGUAUUAUUCUGUGUGUCAAUUACUAGGCAGCUACCAUUUUAGAUCUCCUGUGCGCAAAUAUGUCUUGGAUAUAUUUGACAUGCGCUUCACUAGCGAAUUAUUGAAGACAUUAGAUGACAUAUCAGCGCAUACAAAGACAACUAAUUCCAUACCAUUUACAAUGCAGCCCUCUUCAACAUCCUCUUUAAAUUCUAUUACCACCACUCAUACUGUUAAUAUACCUCAAGAAAAACUAGAGCCAAAGGUCAAAAAAGUUGGCUUUCAUGUAAAAUAAAAUGGAGUUUGAAUUUCAUGACACAUCCUGCGAACAUCAGUAUCAAACAAUUUCCCUCGUUUCUUAUUGGACGAUGAAGCAUCUCUCCUUCUCUCGCUUACUUGCUUGC